UUAUUUUUUUUUUCUCUGUCAAAUGAUGCCAGAGCAUCAGAGCACUUUAUAGUCUCUGUUGAUGAAAUAUUUGCUGAUGAUCCUGUUGGAGAUACAAACACUUGUCUGGAUCAAAAAUUGUGUUUUAUGGAAACGACUUAAUAUAAAUUACACUCCAUGGUUUCUGCCCUCUUAAAAAGCCUGAUCUCUUCUUACAUAUAUAAGCUUUGCAAAGGAAUGUUUACAAAGAAAUCGGGAAACAGUACAAAAAGGAAAGAGAGUUGUCAGAGCAAAAAGGAACACGACUUAACUCAGGUUGGACAAACAAAGAAUCCAAAAUUUUCAAAUACUUUUAAAAGCACUGUGAAAAAGAUUGCCAAGUGUCCAUCUGCUCGCAACUUGUCAACUGAAGAAGAGGAAAGUAAUAGAGAAUUUUCACUUUCUCCAACAUUCAGUUACAGAGUUGCUAUUGCUAAUGGGCUGCAAAAGCAUAUUUUUGUAAGGAACAGUAAUAAUGAAGAUAUAGUUCAAGAUCUGUCUUCAAAUGAUAGCUCAUAUUCUGAGUCGCUAAGUGAAGGAAAAAGCAGCAAGAAAAACGAAUACUUAUCACACACAAUGCCUGUGAGACGCAACAGAAAAAGCUUAAGCAGCCUGGCACCAUCUGAUGGAAGUUCAGAUGGAGAACGCACUUUACACACACUGAAGCUGGGAGCUUUACGAAAACUAAGGAAAUGGAAGAAGAGCCAAGAAUGUGUCUCUUCUGACUCAGAACUAAGUACGUGGAAGAAAACAUGGGGCUUAAGAAGUAAAUCUCUAGACAGAACUGGCCGUCACCAGAAAUCAAAUACUUUUGAACCUGGCUUUAGUUCAACAGGUUGUAUUAGCCAAACCCAUGAUGUUAUGGAAAUGAUCUUUAAAGAGCUUCAGGGAAUAAGUCAAAUUGAAACAGAACUCUCUGAAUUAAGAGGGCAUGUUAAUGCUCUGAAACAAUCAAUUGAUGAAAUUUCGAGUAGUGUAGAAGUUGUACAAAAUGAAAUUGAACAAUUGCGAACUGGAUUUGUACAGUCCAGAAGAGAAACUCGGGACAUACAUGACUACAUUAAGCAGGUGGGCCAUCCAGGAAACAAAGCAAGUCUUAGGUUUCUAAAUGUGCCUGAAGAGAGGCUUGAAAAAACUGAAAGCAUAGUUUACAAAAUAUUAAUAGGUAAAAUGGGGUUCUCAGAGGCACAAAGCACUAUUAAAAUUGAGUUUGCCCAAAGACUGGGACAACAAAGAGACUGUCCAAAUGCAAAGCCAAGACCCAUUCUUGUUUACUUUGAGUCAUCGCAACAGAGAGAUUUGAUUUUAAAAAAGUCAUAUAAACUUAAGGGAACUGGCAUAGGAAUUUCUACAGACAUAUUUUCCCAUGACAUUAAAGACAGAAGAGAACGAGGACUACCUUCCUCUCAGACAUAUGAGAGUAUGGAUAUGAAGCUUUUAACUGUGGAGACAAAAACUAAAAUGCAUGACUGGGAGUCUCCUGACAGUGAUAAAGACUUGGAAUCAGAUAUAAAUAAGAACAGUUAUGCAAGGAUAUCCAAAUCUGCAUUUCAAAUAAAAACAAGCACUACAAAGGGGAGUAUUGAGUCCCCAGAUACUAAAGACCUUAAGAGAACUGCUGACAAUAACACCUUUUCAAACAGAAGAAAUUAUGACAAUCGGUCACCAGAAUUUGACAAUAUGGAAAAAGAAUCAAAGACCUAUUACACAGACGUGACUCCUCUAUGGCAUUUACAGAAUGAUUUUGCGACACCAAAACUUAGCCGUUCGGAAUCAGAUUUCUCAAAAUUGUGUCAAUCUUACUCUGAGGAUUUUUCAGAAAAUCAGUAUUUUAGCAGAACAAAUGGCAGUUCAUUGUUGUCUUCCUCUGACCGAGAACUUUGGCAGAGAAGGCAAGAUGAUUCUACAAACUGGUAUAGCAGUUCUCAGGAACAGACUUUUGGCCAAGAUACGCAACAGUAUCCAGAGCAAAAUAAUGUGGAGAAUGUAGAAACUGUUGGCAGUGGACUAAGCAAUGGAGUAUGUGCAACGGGAGACAGAAGCCACUAUACUGAUUCUCAGCUUUCUUUACAUGAUGAUCUUUCCCCAUGGAAAGACUGGAAUCAGCUGGAACAAGGGGCAGAUUUGGGCCUAGACUCAUCCACACAGGAAGUUUUUGUGUAUGAUAUGAGCAGCCCUUCAGAUCAACAGACAGAUUUUGGAAAGUGCCAAAAUUCUGACCUCCAGUAUGAUACUGAAAGCUAUGAUUUUACUCUUGAUGGUACUUCUCCAUCAUGUCCAGGCCUUGAUAGUGAAUCACAAAGUCAGUGGACUGCUCAAUAUGAUGAUUAUCAGGAAACAAAUUCUGUCUCCUCUUAUCAGAAUCAAAACAGAUUGCCUAUGAUGUACCGAAGUCAGAGUGAACUGCAAAGUGACGACUCAGAAGAAACAGCCCCUAAAUCAUGGCAUAGCCGAUUAAGCAUAGAUCUUUCUGAUAAGACUUUCAGCUUUCCUAAAUUUGGAUCUACACUUCAACGAGCCAAGUCAGCUUUAGAAGUAGUCUGGAAUAAAAGUACACAAAGUUUAAGUGGGUAUGAAGACAGUGGAUCAUCCUUCAUGGGAAGGUUUAGAACUUUAUCUCAGUCGACUGCAAAUGAAUCAAGUACAACACUUGACUCUGAUGUUUAUGCUGAGCCUUAUUGCUACAAAGUAGAGUAUGAGGAAGACUUAAUUGAACCACCUGGUGAGAAAGAAACAGACUAUGUAGAAGUAAUGGAACAAGUCCUUGCUAAAUUAGAAAAUAGAACUAACAGUAGUGAAACUAGUGAGCAGGUCCAAGAAUACGAACCAGAGCAGCCUUUGUAUGAUACUCCAUAUGUAGUACUACCAGGGGAGCAAUAUGACACACAGUUUGACAGUGUGGUCAGUGAAGAGAUGUUGGAAGUCAGAAGUGACAUAGCUGCUGACAUAGAAGUACGGGAAGAUGAAAAUCAGAAUGUCCCAGAGAUAGUUACUGAAAUGCCAAAGAAAAAAAGAAUACGACCAUCAUUUAAAGAAGCGGCUUUAAAAGCAUACAAGAAACAAAUGAGUGAUUUGGAAGAGAAGAUCCUUGCUGGAGAUAGCGUUUCUGUGGAUGAAAAGGCUCGGAUAGUAAGUGGAAGUUCCUUGGAUACUUCCAAGCUUUAUGCAGUCCAGGCAUUUAGUGGUGUUGGCCGUGGGCUGUAUGGAAUUGAUAGCAUGCCAGACCUGCGCAGAAAGAAAUCUUUCCCCAUUGUUCGAGAUGUGGCUAUGACACUUGCAGCUCGAAAAUCUGGUAUUUCCAUGGCCAUGCUCAUCCGGACCUCCAUAAACAAUGAUGAAAUGAAAAUACAUGUCUUCAAGAAGACACUGCAGGCUUUGAUCUAUCCCAUAUCAUCAACUACACCUCAUAACUUUGAAGUCUGGACAGCUACAACUCCCACAUACUGUUAUGAAUGUGAAGGUCUACUUUGGGGCAUAGCCAGACAAGGCAUGAGAUGUACUGAAUGUGGUGUCAAAUGUCAUGAGAAGUGCCAAGACCUCCUAAAUGCUGACUGUCUGCAGAGAGCUGCUGAGAAGAGUUCCAAACAUGGUGCAGAAGAUAAAACGCAGAACAUUAUUAGUGCUAUGAAGGAAAGAAUGAAGAUCAGAGAGAAAAAUAGACCAGAGGUGUUUGAAGUGAUCCAGGAAAUGUUUAAUAUUUCCAAAGAAGACUUUGUACAAUAUACAAAAGCAGCAAAACAGAGUGUUUUGGAUGGCACAUCCAAGUGGUCAGCAAAAAUAACCAUCACAGUUCUUUGUGCUCAGGGAUUACAGGCUAAGGACAAAACUGGCUCAAGUGACCCAUAUGUUACUGUGCAAGUUGGCAAAACCAAGCGGAGAACAAAGACAAUUUUUGGAAACUUGAAUCCAGUAUGGGAUGAAAAAUUUUACUUCGAAUGCCAUAACUCUACAGAUAGAAUAAAAGUGAGAGUGUGGGAUGAAGAUGAUGACAUCAAAUCUAGAGUAAAACAACAUUUCAAAAAGGAAUCUGAUGACUUCCUUGGGCAAACAAUCAUUGAAGUAAGAACACUGAGUGGAGAAAUGGAUGUAUGGUAUAAUUUAGAAAAGCGAACAGAUAAAUCAGCUGUCUCUGGUGCCAUUAGACUGAAAAUCAAUGUUGAAAUAAAAGGAGAGGAGAAAGUUGCUCCCUACCAUGUGCAGUACACCUGUCUACAUGAGAAUUUAUUCCAUUACUUGACGGAAGUUAAAUCUAAUGGUGUUGUAAAAAUCCCUGAAGUGAGAGGUGAUGAAGCCUGGAAGGUGUACUUUGAUGACGCUGCACAAGAAAUUGUAGAUGAAUUUGCAAUGCGCUAUGGAAUUGAAUAUAUUUAUCAAGCUAUGACGCACUUUUCCUGUCUGUCUUCUAAAUAUAUGUGCCCUGGUGUUCCAGCAGUUAUGAGUACACUGCUGGCCAAUAUAAAUGCAUUCUAUGCUCAUACUACAGCAGCAACUAAUGUAUCUGCUUCAGAUCGGUUUGCUGCUACUAACUUUGGGAGGGAAAAGUUCAUAAAACUGCUGGAUCAAUUGCACAAUUCUCUGAGGAUUGAUUUAUCUAAAUACAGGGAUAAUUUUCCUGCCAGCAAUUCUGAAAGACUCCAAGAUCUGAAAUCAACUGUGGACCUGCUUACAAGCAUUACUUUUUUUCGAAUGAAGGUACUUGAAUUGCAGAGUCCACCUCGAGCCAGUACUGUAGUGAAGGACUGUGUAAGAGCCUGCCUGGACUCAACUUAUAAAUACAUUUUUGAUAAUUGCUAUGAUCUCUACACCCAGUUAGUGGAUCAGGGUAAGAAACAAGAAGUUCCUAAAGAGGAACAGGGACCAACAACAAAGAAUUUGGAUUUCUGGGCACAGCUUAUUACUCUGAUGGUCACCAUCAUAGAUGAAGAUAAAACAGCAUAUACACCUGUCCUGAACCAGUUCCCUCAAGAGCUGAACAUGGGAAAAAUCAGUGCUGAAAUCAUGUGGACUCUGUUCGCCCAGGACAUGAAAUACGCUCUAGAAGAACAUGAAAAGCAGUGGUUAUGCAAAAGCACAGAUUAUAUGAAUUUGCACUUCAAAGUGAAAUGGUUUUAUAACGAAUAUGUGAGAGAACUCUCCGCUUUCAAGGAUGCGGUGCCUGAAUACUCUCUGUGGUUUGAACCAUUUGUCAUUCAGUGGCUGGAUGAAAAUGAGGAUGUCUCAAUGGAGUUUCUUCAUGGAGCACUAGAAAGAGACAAAAAGGACGGGUUUCAGCAAACAUCAGAUCAUGCCCUUUUCUCUUGUUCUGUGGUUGAUGUCUUCACUCAGCUCAAUCAAAGCUUUGAGAUUAUUAGGAAACUGGAGUGUCCUAAUCCAGAAACUCUAUCUCAUUUAAUGAGAAGAUUUGCAAAGACUAUCAACAAAGUGCUUCUUCAGUAUGCUGUGAUUAUUUCAAGUUACUUCAGCUCUUAUUGUGAUAAAGAAAAUGUGCCCUGUAUCUUGAUGAACAACAUUCAACAAUUAAGAGUCCAGCUUGAGAAAAUGUUUGAGUCCAUGGGAGGGAAGGAGUUGGAUCCUGAAGCUAGUGUUAUUCUAAAAGAACUUCAGAUGAAACUCAGCAACGUUCUGGAUGAACUCAGUGUAACGUACGCUGCAAGUUUCCAAUUGAUUAUUGAAGAUUGCAUAAGACAAAUGAGCAACGAACUGAAUCAAAUGAGGGGAAAUGGGAAUGCAGCAGCCAACAAGAACAGUGCGGCCAUUGAUGCUGAGAUUGUGCUUCGGCCUCUCAUGGAUUUCCUGGACAAAACUUUAAGUGUCUCUGCGAAAAUCUGUGAGAAGACAGUUCUGAAACGGGUUUUAAAAGAGCUUUGGAAGUUAGUCUUGAACAAAAUAGAAAAACAAAUUGUGCUUCCACCACUGACGGACCAAACUGGGCCCCAGAUGAUAUUCAGUGCAGCCAAAGAUCUUGGACAACUGUCAAAACUCAAGGACCAUGUGAUUCGAGAGGAAGCCAGAAGCCUGACCCUGAGGCAGUGCGCGAUAAUGGAAGUAGCGCUAGCAACCAUAAAGCAAUACUUCCAUGCUGGAGGCAGUGGGCUGAAAAAGAAUUUCCUGGAAAAGAGCCCAGACCUACAGUCCCUGAAAUACGCUCUUAGCCUCUACACACAAACUACCGACGCCUUGAUAAAGAAGUUUAUAGACACUCAGACAUCUCAAAGUAAAACCAGAAAAGCUGCAAUUGGACAGUUAAGCUGGAAAUAG